AUGCGUUCCAAUUCCAGCUUCGACAACACCGCAUCCCACCAGCCAGCACCCGAUUCCACCACGCAAAUCACCCCACCCAUCGACGCAGACCCUUCAUCAUCACAACACUCUAGCUCCUCCUCGGCGCGCCGUCCACCACCCUCGCGGCACGCCAGCCCAGAGCACAAACCUAGCCCGCGUUUCCCCACAGCCCUCUCAGCCACGGAUCACCGCAGGUCGAGCGCAUACAAGCGAGCGCGCACCGCCAGCCCCAUCAUCGACGACAACAGCAGCGACGUCGAGAACGACAACAGGUCCGCUUACUCCCGUUCCGCUAGCGACUUGGGCGAUCUCGACCUCACCGAACACGCGUCGUCCGUGCAGCCUACACCGCUCCGCCAGAGCGUCUCGUCAGCCGAACUGCUCCAUUCAGCACGCCCUUUCGGAAGCGGCAUCGUCAUGGCAUCACUCGACCCCAACGUUGAGGGUCUCAUGACCGAGCAGUCCCUCAGUCUCGACGACGGCGCUGUCGCCGCACCCGCCUCGGUCGCCGCCAUGUCCGCCGAUCUCAGCUACGACGAAGAGCCGCCCUCGUACCAGGAGGCGGUGCCUCUGCCUCCCUCGUCCUUGGCGCCUAGCAACGAGCCAAGACCCACAGGCCAACAGCAGCUCAGCAUCGUUUCACCCAUGAGGAACCUCCCCUUGCACGCCGGCGACACCUGGUAUAUCGUCAGCCGAGCGUGGUACCGUCGCUGGGAUGCCGCUUGUUCGGAGCAUCGCGACGCGGAUCCAUCAGAGAAGGCAGAUCCUCCCGUCGGCCCCAUCGACAACGCCGACCUCUUGGACUCCGAGGCGCCAACCGGAUUCGCACAGCUGCGACAGCACAUCAACGAACACAUCGACUACGAGAUGCUUCCCGAGCAAGGUUGGAAGCUCCUCGUCGCUUGGUACGGCUGCACUGGUCCCGUCUUUGCCAGAAACGCCAUCGAAGGUCUCAGUCCCGGCCAGGAGAGUGUCGAGUUCUACCCACCCAUCAUCCGACUGCUCCGCGUGGUCCAGGACGACACCAAAGACGACGUCACCCGCGCGCCCUUGUUCAGCUUGUCCGUCAGCACCGAGCUGUCCGAGCUCAAGGCCAAGGCCAAGACCACCUUCGACCUCGGCGACGUUGCCGAUGUCGAUCUGCGCUUCUACCACUUCCCCGAGCCCGAAGACAGCGAGCUGCAAUCGGGUCGGGUGACCAUCGCUCGGGUCGAGCUCGACGGCGUCGACCUCAUCGAUGCCAACGAAGACAAGCCCGACACCUACCGCUCCGACGUCACGCUCAAGUCGAUCGGCAUCGACGAGAUCGAGGUCAACUUGGUCGUCGAGACGCGCAAGUCCGGAAGAUGGCAAUCAGAAGGAGCCGCCGAGGAGGCGCCCUCGGUCAAAGGCAUCUUUGCACAGCAGAGCGGCGACUUUUUCAGCAACCUGCAACAGCCCAGCGCGAGCACCACCAGCAUCACCGCUGCUGGCUCCGCGGGCGAUGCUCUUGGCAGAGUCACGCGUUCGCAAACAGCGACCGACCGCACCAUGGGUAGGUCGCGCGGAUUGCGCGGCCUCAACAACCUCGGCAACACGUGUUUCAUGAACAGUGCGCUGCAGUGCCUGAGCAACACGUACGAGCUGCAGCAGUACUUUGUCUCGGGCGCGUAUCGCGACGAGCUCAACACCGACAACCCGCUCGGCAUGGGCGGCGCCAUCGCAGAAGCCUUCGGAAACCUCAUCUCCAACAUCUGGAACGGCCAGGGCGGCUCGUUCUGGCCGCGCGAGUUCAAGUUCGCCCUCUCGCGAUUCGCUCCCCAGUUCAGCGGCUACGCACAGCACGAUAGCCAGGAGCUGCUUGCCUUCUUGCUCGACGGCCUCCACGAGGAUCUCAACCGCAUUCUCAAGAAGCCCUACAUCGAGGCGCCCGACUGGGACGGCGGCGACGAAAAGGCGCUCGUCGCCUUUGCAAAGCGUCAGUGGGACAUCUACAAGGCACGCAACGACUCGGUCAUCGUCGAUCUCUUCCAGGGCCAGUACCGCAGCACACUCGUGUGUCCCGAGUGCAGCAAGAUCUCGAUCAAGUUUGAUCCAUUCAUGUACCUCACGCUGCCCAUCCCCAACAAGAAGGUCUGGCGCGCACAGGUCUACUUUGUGCCGCUCGAGCCCACCAAGCCCUUGCAAAAGUUUCACGUCCAGCUUCCAGCCGGCAGCACCGUCAGCAAGCUUCGCCAGAAGGUGGCCGCGCAGUUUGGCGUCGAGACGCGCCAGCUGAUCUGUGGCGAGGUCUGGCACCACCGCAUCUACAAGUGGAUCGACGAUUACGAGCCGCUCGUCGACAUCAAGGACGGCGACUUUGUCUACUUCUGGGAGGUGCCUGCCGCGCCGCGCUUGUCCAAGCAGCGCCACUACCGCUACCAUCGCUCCGUGGAGGACGCCGAGGAGGCGCUCGACAUUCCCGAGGCAGACCAUGCCAUCGUGCCCGUCUUUGCCAACUAUGCCCAAAAGAUUGCCUCGGCCUCGUCGAGCCAGGCCUUUGUCAGCCGCCGCACUCGUGGCGAGCCGGUAGGCAUCCCCUUCUUCAUCGCUGUGCCAAAGCAGGACAUCAACGAUCUCAACGCCGUGCGCAAGCUCGUCACCGACGGCUUCUCUCGCUUCGCGCGCGAUCAGGACGCGUAUCGGAAUGUGGUUGAAGAGCAAACCGAAGAUGUCGCACGCCUUGCGACAGCCGAGACAUCCGCUCAGGCCCAAAUCUCGGACUGGGAAAUGGUCGACGACGAUGCCGCAAACGAGGCCAACGUCGAGGUCGUACCACCGAGCCAACCGGUCGGCCCAGAUGCGGUCACCGAGAUUCACGAAGAUGGGAAUGCUGUUGUGGUGUCCGACGCCAGUGCAUCAAGCACCGACGUUUCGCUGGCCGCCAGCAAAGCUCUCGUGCAGUCCGAGCCGUCGCUUCGCAUCCGUUUCAGCGUCGCCGAAGCCGGUCAAGGUCUUCCCAAGGGCAGCGAAAGCGGCGCAGAUCACCUCUCGGAGGAGAUCACGGAACGACAGGCGCGCCUCGCCAAGCGUGCUCUCGCAACACCAAUCGACGCGGACGAGGAGGACAUGGACGAGGGCGAUGACGAGUCUCAGGCCGCACCCAAAGCGUCCAAGGCGAUUCCGCUGGUCUACACUGGCGGCGCGAUCGUGUGCACAUGGUCGUCCGCCUUCUGCGAACGCGACCUGCUGGUCGAAUCCGAUUCCGGCCAGCUGUGGGGAGACUACGAGCAAGUGGUCGACGAGGCCAUCCGCGAGCGCGACGCGGCUGGCCCCUCGCGCCCCAAGUCGCUGUCGAUCGAGGACUGCAUGGACGAAUUCACCAGGGAGGAGCAGCUCGGAGAGGACGAUCCGUGGUACUGCCCAUCGUGCAAGGAGUUCCGACAGGCGACCAAGAAGUUUGACCUUUGGAAAGCACCGGACAUCCUGGUGGUGCAUCUGAAGCGCUUCAGCGCGGGGCGCCACUCGCGCGACAAGCUCAACAUGCUCGUCGACUUCCCGCUCGAGGGACUGGAUCUGACGGAUCGGGUCGAGGGCACGCAGGCGCUGCGGCGCGUGCAGGAGGAGGCCGUGCAGAGCGGCGAGGAGCUUUCGGAGAGCAUGCUGGGCUCGGGCAUCCUGCGUCCGCUCGAAGACAACGACGAUGCGGUGGCGGUGGACAAGCCGAUCUACGACCUGUACGCGGUGGACAACCACUUUGGCGGGCUUGGCGGCGGGCACUACACGGCGUUCGCAAAGAGCCCGGCAGAUGGCAAGUGGUACGAAUUCGACGACUCGAGCGUACGGCCGGUGGCGAACCCCGAGAGUGUUAAGAGCGCUUCGGCGUAUCUGCUCUUCUAUCGCCGGCGGACGACGAGGCCGAUCGGUGGCAAGUCGAGGCAAAAAUUCCAGGAGGCCGCCAAGUCCAAGGCGUCGAGUGCAUCGCAGAGCGCCGAGGCUAGCACGUCGGGGCUGCAGAACCAGCUCACUCCGGCCGACGAUGACGACUCGAGCGACUCGUCGAGUGACGAAGCACCUGAAUGGUCGCUGAACCUGCGAAGCGGCGCGGGUGUUGAUGCGGUAGAGCCUGCGUCUGGCUGGUCGAGCACCGGCAACUCGCCCCCAUCCUCCAGUCGCGCUUCUAGUCCCGAUAGCGACCGCGAUCUGGACUCUCCGUGA